AUGCCCACGCAGUCACCUCCGGAUAUGCAGGCUAUGUUGGAUAACUUUCUAGCUCUGAAAACAUCGGAUCGUCGCAAAACGGUUAACGCCAUCCUCAACGCGCUGACUGUUGACGAAAAGCGCGACCUCAAGCGCAAAAUGGAUAAUGUUACCUUCCAGGUUGAUAUUUGGGGUUCGUUGCCACCUGAACUUCGGGACCUUGUUGUGAAGGACCUGAAUCUACAUGACCUUUUUGUACUUCGACGUGUAUCCAAACUGUGGAAUAAAACGCUCUCUUCCCCGAGCGUACUCCGUUCAGCGUACAUGUACGCAACAAUCACCGGAAAGCACGUUUUAGAUACCCUACCCGCCGAACAUGUUGAAAGAUGGAUCAAAAGAAGAACAAAAGCAGAACAAGGGCGACCAUUUGCUGUGGGCAAAUUAUUGGUUUCUCCAGACCACCUGGAUACGGAGGACGAGCAAAUGUCCUAUGCAAAUGGAAUGUUUGCCUGGGUUGACACGGGGACAGACAAAAGCUCCAUUUGUCUCGUGCAUUUAACCACUGGUGAAAAAAGGCACUUUACCACCGAUAAUCGGGAAACGCUGGGUAAUAUCCACGUAUCUGAUACAUUGGUCGCGGCGAUAUCCAUGCGAGGGUAUUGCCAUGUCUGGGAGAUCAUGACCGGAACCCACCAGUCCUUCCGCCUCACGUCCUUGAGCUUCCAUCACUUCUUGACGCACGGAGUCAAGGUGAUGAUAAGUUAUGAGGACAACAUUAUUCAUUUCUGCUUCGCCACCGGAAUUGCUCGCACGUUCGCAAUCGAGGGCCUGAUCUGUUCGGCCUCUCUCCACAAAAGUGACGACGAGGUGUCUCUUAUCUGUAUCCGCGACAAGACCGGCCAUGGCCCCGAAUUAAGCAAAGCCGAUUAUCACCUGCAGGUCGAGAAGUACACCGUCGAUACCAAUGUGUUUAUCCGAACAUGGUCCCGCUACGAAGAGCUUCCCUUUCAAGAUGGCGUUUACCGACGAUUAGGGCCCGACGAGACUUUGAGAGCAUACCAAGGCCAGGUUUCCUCAAUGCUGUACCCCUAUGAAAGGACCAACCCAAGGCUCUAUCUUUCACUCACGGACAGCGACCAGAUAGCUGUACAUCGCAUGCCAGUCCUGCCAGGUCAUAUUGAAGAUAUGGAUGUGGCCUGGUUCGAUCAGGGAAUGGCAUUUUUUACACAGCUACAAUUCGGCGGAACCCGCCAUGUGAACAUUGGCGUUGGUCGUGAAAGCUUGAGCAGUCCCAGCUCUUCAGGAACAUUGUCCUACGAACUUACCCUCGCACGCCUGUUGCCUCACCCGCCCCAGCUAGAUUCCGUUCACCGCAUAUGGGCAGGCGAUGGAUUUUUCCUAUACCUUGGGCAUUCCGAAGUCUGGGUUUGGUGCUUCGAUGAGGAUUGGAACCCUUCCGGCGCGCUUUCACUGGCAUCGUAG